GUCCUGGCUAAAGAAUCCAUGGAUGCACCUGCUUAGCUGACAUACAUACAUAACAUACAUACAUACAUACCCUACCUAGCGUGUCUAGGUAAUACCGUUAAAGGGUUCACGACAUGGUGCUCACUGGCUGAUGUGAUGCUAUGGCGUGGUGCAAACCAAAAUAUAUUAAAAUCUAACCAAAAUCGACCAAGUCCAUGGACUGACAGUUUGAACAAUGCGAUGAUAUAGCUGAGCAUUGUGAAAAUUGUAGUGCCUUGACGAUGGGCACCGAAAAUGCUGGCUCGUCAGCCGCUGCCGGUGCCGCUGCCCAAGACACGGAUUUGCCGCCCCCUUUGCCUCCCAGGCCCGCACAAGCACCUGUAAUUAUUGAAUCUGCGGCGAUGGGGGCGGGGGCGGUGAUGGAACGGCCCAACUUGUCAUCCAAGCCUACGACUGCACUUUCAUCUAUGAAUAUACAGACAUUGUCGUUUCCAGAUGGCUCACGUGGUACCUUCUCAACAACUAGUGAGAACAAUGCUGAUGCCACGGAGCAAAGCUCUACGCCGGCGAAUGUUGGCAUGUCGAGCUUAGGGUUCAACACCAUUGGAAACGAUAUAGACGAAUCCAUGAGCAUCAUGAGUCUUGCACCGACUUUGCGGCCUCCGGGAGACCUGGAGAGCUUACUCAUCGGGGAUAUGAGCAAGAGAAGUCCCGCCUGGAACCUUUUACGUGCACAAUCUUCAGCAGUGCAACCAUUUGAAACCGUCAGGAUUGAGGAUGAUGCGGUCCUUUCUGAUUUCUCUCGCGAAUUUGAUGAUAUACCGGAUGAUUCAGAGACAGACUGGAGCGAUGAGGACCGACUCAAGAUCUGGAAAUCCAAGUUGAAACAUUACAUGAUUCUAUCAUCUGCGGGCAAGCCAAUCUAUAGUAGACAUGGAGGUCUGGAUUUGGUCAGCUCUUCAAUGGGGGUCGUACAGACCAUCAUCUCAUUCUAUGAGGGCGCGAAGAACCCUCUGUUAGGAUUCACUGCCGGAAAUACGCGUUUUGUCAUCGCUACCGAGGGCCCCCUAUAUUUGGUAGCGAUAAGCAGGCUCGGGGAAAGCGAUUCUCAACUAAGGGCCCAACUUGAUGCGCUGUACAUGCAAAUAUUAUCUACGUUAACACUACCGGCCUUGACCAACAUCUUCGCCAAUCGACCCUCUACCGAUCUCCGAAAGCCUCUCCAGGGCACAGAGACUUUGCUAUCCUCCUUGGCCGACAGCUUUACGAGAGGAUCUCCAUCCGCCCUUCUAGGAGCUUUAGAAUGCUUGAGGCUCAGGAAGUCACAUCGACAUGCAAUUAAUAAUUCAUUCUUAAAGACAAAGACCGAUAAUUUACUCUAUGGUCUAAUAGUUGCAGGCGGAAAGCUUGUGAGUGUGAUCAGACCUCGUCGCCACUCACUCCACCCAAGCGAUCUACAGCUUAUUUUCAAUAUGCUCUUCGCAUCCGGAAGUGUUAAAGCCGGCGGUGGCGAGAAUUGGAUCCCACUAUGCUUGCCAGCUUUCAACAAUCGAGGCUAUCUUUACAUGUAUGUCAGUUUCUUGGAUGUUGAGCCAGAAUCCGAGAGAAAUCUGAGUGCCGCUGGUGAAGAGAUCGCAAUCAUCUUGAUAAGUCCGGAUAAAGAGAGUUUCUUCGACCUACAGCAUAUGCGAGACGACGUCGUGGCUGAGUUGAAAAAGAAAGGACAUCUUGACAUUAUCAAAGCUGCAGCACAGCAAGGACGUCCAAAGUUGAACGAUAUUGCCCCUAGUACACACGUCAGCCACUUCUUAUUCAAGUCGAGGGCUAACGUCCAGUUCUGCAUGCCGUCCCUCCUACCUAGAUUUGGGAACCUCAUUUCUCACCGGCGACUGAUGUCGCUUUAUCACAACCUACAUGCGACUCUCCAUGCCAAGCAUACCCAUGUAAAAGUGCUACAUUGUGUUGGGGAGGACACCACUUCACUCGCAUGGAUCACACCCAUCUUCGAAUUUUACUGCGUGGCGGGGCCAAAUGCCUCAAGAGCUACCAUGACACAAGGAGCCAACAAGAUCAUACAGUGGGCAAAACGUGAAGAAGAACGACUUUUUAUUAUAGGUGGCGGCGUAUUUUGAGCUCUUCUUCUUCUUCUUCUUCUUCUCCCUAACUAUUAUAAUACCAUACAAUGACAAUGACAAUGAAAAAUGACAAUGACCCAACCGAUUAUGCUCGCCUA